AUCUGAAAAGAAGAUAAGAUAAUCACGGUUGGAUGUCUUUAAUCAUAGAUUCGCACGAUCAGAGGUGACAUGGAACUAAGAAGCAACAACUAUGAAAUCUAAGAAUUUAAGAAGGCAAUGAACAUUCAGAAACAAUAAGGCUCCUGCUAGGAUUAAUAGAUUAAGAGCCAGUAAUGUAUUAGGAUUUAUUCAACGAUUAAGCUUUCUCGUCAAAAAUUGGCCAUGUGCCCCAAGAAAAUCAAUAUAAAACUCAGAGCAGAGUGAGACUGCAGCCACGUUUGGGUUAGGGAUUCCAACGUUUUAUAUUUUAAUUUAUUUAUUUCUGUUUAUUUAAUUAUUGAAAAGAACAACAGACGUUUCGACAUACCAUUUGAAUUCAUUUUAAAAAUAAACUGUACUAAUCUCAAUAAAUUAAUGGUAAAUCUCAAUGCAUCUCGUCAAAACACCCGUAGCAAUUUCAAAUCAUAUGUGAUCUUGAUGCCCUUCAGAAAGGCAUGAAAAUUACACAACCUCCACCUGUUCUAUAAAUCUACAAGUCUCGUGCCCAUGAAAAAAAAAAUCAAUAUUAUAACUCGAGAGAGAGUAUUAAUAUUUAUCUGUAAACACUAUAUCCAAUUAUAGAAGAUGACUUAGAAUAAACAUCAGCCACAGAUGAUUACAACAUGCAGCAACAACCUUACCUACGUUUAAGUAAAAAGAGCACAAAAACAAAACAAGAACAAGAAAAAAAGGAAGGUGAAGGUUUUCUAUUUUCACUUGAGAGGAUGAUAUUUUGUAGUAGACAACUUACUUAAUGGAACGGAAUAUUUUGGUUACCAUAAACGAAGAACAUGAAUCAAUCAAAAAUGGGCUCUGAAUUUCCAUCCAUUCAAUGAAACUGAAAAAAAGGACAAAAAGAAAUAAAUACUCAAUGAAGUGAUAUUACCUGUGGGGUUCCACUAUGGGUGGAAUGAAUAGUUGUUGUUUACCUCAAAAAUUUGCUUUUAAAGAUGGUGAACACUCAAGUUCUUUCUCCAGUAGUAGAUAUCAUGGCCGCAACUUCAGUGCGGCCUUCAACCUUUCCAGUCUGGGUGAUGAAGGAGACAACAAUCAAGGCCUAAUAAAUAUUAAUAAUUCAACGGAAGAGGAGCUGAUGACAUUACCUGGAAUUAACCGAAGCAUAGCUCAGAAUAUUAUUGAAUAUAGAUGCAGAAUUGGGGGGUUUAAAAAAAUCGAAGAUUUAGCACUUGUGUCUGGUGUAGGAGCAGCUAAACUAAGUGUUCUUCGUCAAGAGAUAUGUGUAAGUACGAAAAAAGGCAGUUCACAUGACAGUUCUCCUUGUAGUAGUAGUCAGGAUGUUAACUCCAAUGAACAUUGUAUAAAAGAUAUUCGUUGCUCCAAUAGCAGCAAUCAGUUACACGUUAAUGUAAAUAUAGCAAAUGUGUUUCAGUUGAUGAAAAUAAAGGGUAUUGAUCAAACUGUAGCCGAAAAUAUUGUUUCUUAUAGAGAUAAAAAAGGACAUUAUAAAACAAUUGAAGAUCUUCUUAAAGUGAAAAGUAUAAGUGCUGGAUUAUUAGGUGCAAUACGACAUAAUCUCAUACUGAGUGAUACUGGUAGUAAUACAGCCGUUGUUUCGACGACAACAAAUAGGACUAGAAGUACAACACUAAGAGAUAGCCAUACAAAUGAUUAUUUUUAUAACUUAAUUAACAAAGACACUGAUAUGAGUUCACUAACAAAACACGACGAUUCACUUCACGAACUUAUUCAGCUAUUAGGUCCAUUGGCUAAGAAGUCAGUUCGACCAAAAGUUCAAUCUUUCCCAUUCAAAAGAAACAACAUAUCAGCUUUACGAAUUGCAACUUGGAAUCUUGAUGGAUGUUCAUUUGAAAAAAUUUCCAAUCCUGGAGUAUGUGAUGUUAUUUGUAUGACUGUACUUGAAAAUGGGUUAGGACUUCUUGCUUUUCAAGAAAUCACAGACAUGCAAGCUCUUAAAAAGAUAUGUGAUGAACUGAAUCAUCCAAGACUUUCUAAUGUUCGUAAAUGGAAAGGAAGGAACAGAAAAUGGGAAUAUGUGAUGGCAAACCCUAAUAUUGAGAAUGUCGAACACAGUGGCUUCAUUUAUGAUGUAGAACAAGGAAUUAAAUUAACUGGAACUAAUCUACAAAAUAUCAAGCCUUCUCAAGAAUGUCCUUUUGAGUGCCAAGCUUUGUCUGGAUUUUUCCAGGUGAAGAAUUUUCAUUUUAUUUUUGUGAAUGUAUAUCACAAGCUUGCUUCCAUCAAGGAUUUCCAUAAAGAGAAUCACACUGGUCAUAUGAUUAAUAUUUUGCAUAACAUCAAAAAUAUAUCUACAGAGGAAAAUCACAUAAUUAUUUUUGGUAAUCUGGAUGUUGAACUUGGACUAGAAGUAAAAGAAUUACUGCAAGAACAUGGUUACAUUCAGUGUGUAGUCACUGAAAAACCUAGCAUGUUACCUCUUGAGUUGAAUCGCAGUGUUAGUCAACCACAUCUCAAAAGAAGUAACAGUAGCUACAAUAGCAGUGUCAGUUUGUGUAGCCAUUUAGCUUGUUCCAAAACAAUGGCAGGAAACAUUUGGUUCAAUAAAAAUUCAAAGCACUUAUAUACAGGUUAUAAUGAGAUUAUUUCUAAAGGUUUAACAAAUAUAUUAAUCCCCAAUGGCUGGAGCUGGGGCGGUGCAGUCAGUAAAUACUAUCCAGCCUGGGCUGAAUUCUACACGGAAAACAACUUGAGCCAACAAUGUUUCACUCCCGGCUUAGAGAGUAUCAGAUUUACGUUAACAGACUGAAUUUUCUAGAGAAUUAAAAUCUUAUAAAUUUAUGAAACUAA